CAAAAUGGUUUGGAGAGCUAGAAUCGGAUAUUUCAUUCGGACAUACGGGUUGGGAACAGCUGGUGCGAUAACUGCAUUAAGUAUUUUAUUACACGAGAAAUCAAAAGAUAAAAACGUUGCUUAUUCAGCAAAACGUGAAUGGUCCUACUCAUUUGAACCCAGUGUGAAAUGGGACUACAACUGGGACAGACGUGAGCCAGAAAACCUUGUGAAACCCUCCAAACAAAACACAGAGAAGGAUCCAGAUACAGUAGCAAAUGAACUGAAAUCCAAGACUGCAACAGCUACACGUCAUCUGUUGCUGAUUCGUCAUGGACAGUACAACAUGGAGUCCUCGGAUGACAUUGGCAGAUUCCUCACCAAACUGGGCCAAGAACAAGCAGACAUUACCGGCAGGCGUCUGAAGGAUCUGAACCUACCCUACACCGUCUUGAUCUCAUCAACAAUGACACGAGCAAAGGAGACAGCUGACAUUAUUCACAAGCAUGUGCCUCACUUGUCUAUACAACGGAACGACUUGUUGCGAGAGGGUGCACCAAUACCCCCAGAGCCUGCCUCAGCUCAUUGGAGGCCAGAAGUAGCGCAGUUUUACAAAGAAGGGGCCAGAAUUGAAGCAGCCUUUCGAAAAUAUUUCCACCGAGCUGAGCCGGACCAGACGGAGGACAGCUACGAGAUCAUCGUCUGUCACGCUAAUGUCAUCCGCUACUUUGUCUGCAGAGCCCUGCAGUUCCCUCCCGAGGGUUGGCUACGAAUGUCUCUCGCUAACGGCAGCAUCACGUACCUCGUCAUCCGUCCCAGUGGCCGAGUCCACAUCAAGACUCUCGGGGAGAGCGGGCACAUGCCCGUAGAUAAAGUCACCUACACAUAGACUCAGUCAUUCCGGCAGGGAUUAUUUAGUCAUCAGUAAUACGCGGGUUUGUAUAUACUACAUUCCUCCAUGGCGCAUCACAGAUGAAAUCUCGGAUCAUUUCGUUUUCUGAUCAACCAGGUCAUCUUCUAUGGUGGUGGUCUUUGUGACACCAUUUGCAAUAAGAACAGUGAUCUGAUUGGCUAUUCCGUCUUCAUCACAAGGGAGACAACAAGUGUUCUACACGGCGCGACAACGAAGCCAAGACAAAUAGGAUUGAAAUGUCAAAGUAGAAACUAGGUUUUGACAGAGGCUUUGCCUCGGGAAGAUUGGGUUCCUCUUGUUGGAGCUGAGCAGUCAUUAGUUAAAAUGUAGCAACUACUCUGCAAAGUCAAUCUCAUUGAAAUCAGAUCUUAGUUCUUGCUACCGCUAAACAAAGAUCUAAGGACAUCCCAUUACGGGUCACGUCAGCCCGACCUUGCUCGAACUUUGACUUACCAAUGGAAUGACCAAUCAAAAGGCAGCUUUCUCGUGCUUUACAGCACUAAUUUGAAAUUUGCAACAUAUUUUGACAAAUUCUCGAUUACAAACUUGAAACCUAAACAAAAGAGCAUUCUGGAAUG